AUGGUGCUGCCCUUCACACGUUCUCGGUGCCUGUGCUGCUGGGGAGCCAGACGAUUGGAGGCUGCUGCUGCUGAAGUCUGCAGAGGCGUCAGUUUCAAACUGGAAGAGAAAACCGCCCACAGCAGCUUGGCACGCUUCAGAGAAGACACAGGUGUUAAAUAUGGAUUAGAGCGGGCCAAACGCUCCCUGAAUGUGGAGCGUUUCUGGGAGUGGGCAGUGGUGCUGGUAGACACAGCGAUCACCAGUGGCAGGCGCUAUAGGGAGGUAACAGCGAAGUGCUCCCAGCAAUUCCAGGUAGGAGUGGCAGAUGUGGACAUUUCUCGGGAUAGCUGCAUCAGUGUUGAUGACUGUUCUUGGGUGUUCACCUAUGCCCACCGCAAGUGGCACACCAUGUUGGCGAACGAGAAAGCCCCUAUUGAGGGUAUCGGGCAUCCAGAGAAGGUGGGGCUGCUGCUGGAGUAUGAGGCCCAAAUACUGAGCUUGGUGGAUGUGAGCUGGGUUGCUGUGGUCCACACGCUACAGAUAGAUUUCCAGGAUCCAGUGGUACCUGCCUUUCCCCUUUGUGACCGAGAAUUGCUGACCCAUUCAGGGCUUGAGGUGCCUAAGGACCUCUAG